AAAAAUGAGCAGGUUCCUUUGGAAUGUGUUUCUGCUCUUUCCAGCUACAGUCAGAUACAAACGGAUCUCUGGAGCCUGACUAUUAAACAGCUCGCGGCGAGCUGAGCUGCAUUCGAGGGAUCUGCUGAAAAGUGGGGGCAAAAAGGAAAGGCACACAGAGAGAGAGAGAGAGAGAGAGAGAGAGAACACACCUCGCAUCUCUCUAGGAGCAGCUGAAGAUGUCCGAGCAAACCCGAGCACUGGGGCUCGCAGGACAGGCGAGAACGGGGAGUCUGCAAGCUGGAGAGUCGCCGACACAGAGCUAAAUGCCUCUCCAACCAGAAAGGUCUCCCUGACGGAUCAACGAUGCAGAGGCUCCUCCUGGGCUGCCUGCUGGUCGGGGCCUUGACAGCACAGGCUGAGGCUUGCCCCUUUCACUGCGUGUGUCAGAACCUGUCGGAGUCACUCAGCACGCUGUGCGCCAACAAGGGGCUGCUCUUCGUGCCGGGGAACAUCGACCGGCGCACGGUGGAGCUGCGGCUGGCCGACAACUUCAUCCGGGCGGUGGGGCAGCAGGACUUUGUCAACAUGUCCGGCCUGGUGGACCUCACCCUGUCCCGCAACACCAUCAGCUCCAUCCAGGCCUUUGCCUUCGCAGACUUGGAGAGCCUGCGCUCGCUGCACCUGGACGGCAACCGGCUCACCGCGCUGCGGGACCACAACCUGAGCGGCUUGGUCAACCUGCAGCACCUCAUCGUCAACAACAACCAGCUGGUCACCAUCGGCGCCGCCGCCUUCGAUGACUUCCUGUUCACCCUGGAGGACCUGGACCUGUCCUUCAACAACCUGCAGCGGGUGCCCUGGCGGGCGGUCCGCGCCAUGGUCAACCUGCACACCCUCAACCUGGACCACAACCUCAUCGAGCACGUGGUGGCGGGCACCUUCGGCGAGCUGGGCAAGCUGGCGCGGCUCGACAUGACGUCCAACCGGCUGCGGACGCUGCCGCCAGACCCGCUCUUCGCCCGCUCCCAGGCCGGCGCCGCGCCCCUCGGGCCUUCCCCGUUCUCGCCCGUGGCCCUCAGUUUUGGCGGUAACCCCUUGCACUGCAACUGCGAGCUGCUCUGGCUGCGGCGCCUGGCGCGUCAGAACGACCUGGAGACAUGCGCAGCCCCGCCCCCCCUGGCCGGCCGCUACUUCUGGUCGGUGCCAGAGGAGGAGUUUGUCUGUGAGCCGCCGCUCAUCACCCGCCACACCCACCGGGUCUGGGUGCUCGAGGGUCAGCGGGCCACCCUGAAGUGCCGGGCGGUGGGCGACCCGGAGCCCGCCAUCCACUGGGUGUCGCCGGGCGACAAGAUCGUCGUCAACUCGUCCCGGGUGACCUCCUACCGCAACGGCACCCUGGACAUCCUGGUCACCACCGCGGCCGACGACGGCACCUACGCCUGCUUCGCCACCAACGCCGCCGGCGAGUCCAGCGCCCUGGCCGACCUCAAGAUCAUCCCCCUGCCCCACGGCGGCAACGGCUCGGCCCGGGCCCCCCACCGCCGGCCCGGCUCCUCGGACAUCACCACCUCCAACAGGCCGCCCCGGCGACGCCCAGACGAGCAGCAGGGGGAGGGCGAGGAGGAGGGGGAGGUGCAGGAGGGCCAGGCGGACGAGGAGAUCGUCGCCGUGCUGGACGUGACCGACACAGGCGCUCUGGUGCGUUGGCCAAGCGCCGCCUCUCCGCGCCGGGUGUGGAUGUACCAGAUCCAGUACAACUCCUCGGUGGAUGAAACGCUGGUGUACAGGAUAGUGCCGUCCAGCAGCCGGGCCUUCGGCCUGCGAAACCUGGCGCCGGGAGCGGAGUACGACCUGUGCGUCCUGGCCAUCUAUGGAGACAGCGAGACCCAGCUGGCGGCCACCCGGGUGCUGGGCUGCGCCCGCUUCGGCACCAAGGAGGAGGAGUACCCGCACUGCCGGCUGCUGCGGGCCCACUUCCUGGGCGGCACCCUGAGCGUGGCGGUGGGCGGCGCCGUCAUGGUGGCCCUGCUGGUCUUCGGCGUGGCCGCCCUGCUCAAGCUCAGGGCUUGUGGCGGCCGCCGGGUGCCCAAGGUCAGCGAUGUCUACUCCCAGACCAACGGCGCCGCCCCGCGACUGGCAGACCCCGGCGUCAGGGAGAGGGUCAAACCGCCGCGGAGGAAGGUGAGGCCCAGGGCACGGGCCAGGGGGGCCCAGGCGGAGCCUGCAAUGAGACCACCAGCGCCCCAACCCAAGGCCAGCCGCAGCUGCUCCUUUGACCUGGGCACCUCGUCCUCCACCGCCCGCCGCAGCUACGCCAAGCGCCUCAGCGUGGUCUGGACUAGGAGGAGCCGGUCGGUGCACGGCACGCUGCUGCGCUAUGCCGAAGCUGGGGUCACGGCAACACGGGGCGAGGAGGGCGUCUUCAGCGGCUCCCAGGAGCUGGAGGAGAGCGUCGUCUGAAUGGGUGGAGAGCCAGAGAGAGGGAGAGUGACUGGCAGCAGAUCAAAUCCCACCCGCUCCCCCCUCACCCCGCAAACACCACCGCCGGCAACAAAGGAGGGUGGGAGGCAAGAGCUACGAGUUGAGGACUGACGGGGGCAACAACUCAAAAGGACCCGAGGGGCGACAUUCUCACGCAGGGUGGUGGUGCGUGUCUGGAACGGGCUGCCUGAGGAAGUGGCCGGUGCAAUGACCCCCAUUUAAAAGACAUCUGGAUGGGCAGGAAACGGGUCUGGAAGGAUACGGGCCAAAUGCUGAGCAAACGGGGCCGCUUCAGUUUUGGGAAACCUGGCCGGCACGGAUGAGUUGGGCCGAAGGGCCUGGUCCCGUGCUGCACGAGCCUCCCUGCCAAUGUGUCACCCAAAUGUGCCAACCCAUUGGGA